GCUCUGCUGGCCGCGCCUCGCCCUCGAUCGAUUUCACACCAUCCAUCCAGCGCCCCCACUCUUCAGCCCGCCGUCCCUCCACCCACUGCACCCAGCAGCACCGCUGCUCCACCCUUCGUCCUGCGCCACUCCCGCCGACCCGUGCAUGUUCACGCAGCAGACCCGCGACGACUACCUCUCACUCGCAGUCUACAAGGCCUCCUCGUCUGAAGCGCGAGCGUCGCAGUCGUCUCUCCUCUCCGCCCACCUCGCAGCCCAGCCGUCCCUCUCCUAAUCGCCGCCCGCGCCAUGUUCGCCGCACACCUCUCCCUCCGCCGCAGCCUCGCCGGCAGCGCCAGCCUCGCCGGUGCCCGCCGCGGCCUCGCCUCGGCCGUCAAGCCGCCGCCGGGCGGCGGCACCUUCACGCAGUCCGUCUCGCCGGCACCCGUGCCCUCGACGCUGCACCUCAAGUCGGGCCACUCUUUCGUCGGCCAGUCGUUCGGCGCGCCGCGCACGCAGUUCGGCGAGGUCGUCUUCACCACGUCCAUCACCUCCUACACCGAGUCGCUCACCGACCCGUCGUACCAGGGCCAGAUCCUCACCUUCACGCAGCCGCUCAUGGGCAACUACGGCGUGCCGGACAACUUCUGCGGCCGCUCGCCCGUGGGUCACCCGGCGGACGUGGAUGUCGGUGCGUUCCUCGAGUCGCGCGGCAUCCAGGCCGCCGGCGUCAUCGUCUCGAAUCUGUGCGACCGCUUCUCGCACUUUGAGGCCAAGGAGAGCCUGGCCGCGUGGUGUGCGCGCCACAACGUGCCCGGCAUCUCGGGCAUCGACACGCGCGCCCUCACGACGCUGCUGCGCAACCAGGGCUCGACGCUCGGCGGCAUCGUCGUCGGCGAGGGCCACGAGGCGACGCCGGACUCCAGCAACUACUUUGACCCGAUGGCCAUGAACCUCAUCCAGCGCGUCUCGACGACGGAGCCGUACACGGUGCACCCCAAGGGCGGCGAGAGCCAGGCGCGCGCUCACAUUGCGCUGCUCGACUUUGGCGCCAAGGCCAACAUCACGCGCAGCCUGCUGCGCCAGGGCGUGAGCGUCACGGUGCUGCCGUGGAACUACGACUUCAACGCCGUGCGCGACAACUUCGACGGCCUCUUCCUCUCCAACGGCCCCGGCAGCCCGCACUCGAUCCCCGAGGCGAUCGAGACGACGCGCGUGGCCAUCAACGAGUGGGACCGCCCGAUCUUCGGCAUCUGCAUGGGCAACCAGAUCAUUGGCCUCGCCGCCGGUAUCAAGGCGUACCGCAUGAAGUUCGGCAACCGCGGCCACAACCAGCCCGUGAUCUCGCUCUCGACGAUCCGCGGCGGCGCGAGCACGCGCGCCGGCCGUGUCUACGUCACGAGCCAGAACCACGGCUACGCGCUCGCCCCGCCGACCGGCCUCGGCACGUUCGAGGAGGGCACGGGCUUCAUCGAGGAGUGCGACUGGCCGGCCGGCUGGGAGCCGCUGUUCGUGAACGCCAACGACGGCUCGAUUGAGGGCAUCCAGAUGACUGCCAACGCGAAGCGCCGCAGCUCUGUCGCUGCGGUGCAGUUCCACCCCGAGCACGCCGGCGGACCCGACGAUGCGUCUGGCAUGUUUGCCGACUACAUCGACGAGGUCGUCGAGCAGAUGGCUGUGCACGGCCGCAAGAAGGCUGCCGGCAUUACCAACGUCGGCUCGAUGCCCACCGCGCCGCUGGGCGCCUUUGGCCGGCCAGCCGAGACGGCGACGGCUUGAGCGGCGGCGGAAGCGCGACGUCGUGGGACGUCGCUGCCCGUCUCUCCACGAGCUUCACGACUCUUUAAUUCAAUGAAACAUAGACCGAGAG